GGAACGCUACGUCAGUCAGCUGUCAUAAAGCUGUAGUAUUGAAGGAUGGGUAGAGUGAUUAAUUGAUAAGAAUUAAUAGGAAUUCUAUCAAAAUAAAACCAAAAAAGAGAUGUAUAGUGUUUUGAAAAUACUCGCUAAACACUUUUGUAUAAAAUGUAAAUGAAAUCCGUAGUGUAGUUAUAAAAAUGCUGAACGUGACGGAGGGCUGGCCGGGGCCGCCGGUGGCGCAGCGCUGGAACUCCACGCUGCUGGAGGACGUGAAGAUCGACAGCGACUUCGCGUUGCUGGUGGUAUCGCUCAUGUCGGCCGUGCUGUGGAUCGUGUACAUCACCUACUACAACAGCCGCGUGCUCGGCUACAUCCUCACCCGCCUCAUCAAUAGGUUCUAUUUCCAAGAUGAAAACUUCAAAAUUGGCUCGUUCACUCUCAACGCGCUCUCUGGUAAGAUCAUGUUCCGCGACAUCGUGUACGUGACGUACGACUACACGCUCCGCGUGCAGGACGGCUACCUCAUCUUCCGCUGGUGGCGCAGCUAUGUUCCCAAGGAUGUUAGUGAAGACUUAUCCCACUCGGACACCCGCCUCUCCAUAAUGCUGAACGGGUUCGAGCUGCACGUGUACAACCGCUGCGAGCUGUACAGCGAGCUGGAGAAGACGUUCGGGCUGGAGCCGCUCGUGAAGCUGCAGCAGGACGACGCGGGCCGCGAGCGCGCCAUGAACCACGCCAACGAGAAGCGGAGGCGGGCACAGGACACGGUCCGCUCCGAGGCCGCCAUGGCGAGGACCUGGAGGGACCUCAUCCCCGUCAUUAAAAUAGAUAUCACCACUUCCCGCAUCGUCUUCGGCAACCGUUUAGUCCCCACGACACUCACUAUCAGCGUCGAGGAAUCGCAUCUAGUAUACAGCACCAAACCGCCCGCGUCCAGCCUCGACCAUCUCAUGCACUUCGUGAAGGCGAAGGCGGAGAACUGUAAGGUUAUGUUAGCUCCUAGUCCGAACUACACUGCCAUGGUAGACGAGCCGCCGAGAUAUAUGGGAGAAGGUUUCGUUGUGAUGAGUUCUAAUUAUAUAGAGGUGUAUUUUUAUAUGGACGAGCCGGGUUUGGUACCGGAACAGCCCGUGCUGCUACGGUUAGCUAACGGAGAUGUCGUGGAGUCGGCGCCACCGAUCUGGGGAGUGGACAUUAAAUGUGGGAAAGGAACAGAUUUCAGCUAUGGGCCGUGGGCGGACAGGCAGAGGGAUCACCUGUUCAAAUUUUUCUUUCCACCCAAUUAUAAGAGUUUGGUAGUGACCCCGCAGCCGAAACCGGGAGAUCUAAGGCAGAUGCAGUCCUUCGACAUCAGGCUAUCGACGCUUAACGAGGCCACCAUCGACAUACUGUUCACGAAGAAUAAAGAAACGAACGCCGUACAUAUAAACAUCGGCGCCGGCUCGUACCUGGAGGUGACCCUGCCCUGGAUCGUGCUGCAAGACGGGUACACCACGAAGAUAACCGGCCAGCUGCUGCAUCUAGAGGCCACCACCAGUCUGCAGUACAGAAGUUUGGCGGAAAGCGAAACGCUGGAGUACACGGUCAAGUGCCACUACCCCCUCGUGUGGAACCACCACCAGUGCUGGCAGCUCGGCCUCACAGGCUGCAAGGCCACCGCCCACCUGGUAUACACGCACAUCGACUUCAUCCAGGACCUCAUCAACGACUGGUCCAACAAGUCCCGACCGGACAUACUCAACUUCGUCCCUUACACGUGGAAGAUCUCCCUGCUGCUCAAGGAAUGUGAAGUGGUGACCGUCAGCAAUCAGUACAACUGGAUAGACUGCAGCUCCACGAACCAGGAGAACAACCACGUGGCCUUCUGCGGCGACCUGCUGGACGUGUCGUUCGACCUGCCCUUCGUGGACUUCCUGCCCGACGUCAUCCCGCUGAAGAUCUGGAUCCAGGGCGAGGCCGUCGACAUGAGCCUGUACCUACCCGAGGUCAACACGUCCAGGCCGCUGCUGCUGUCGCUGGACAAGAACAUGAAGCUGGUCCCGUGCCGGCUUAAAGCGUCCAAAUGGAGGAGAAAGUGCGUUAAAUCCCAGGGCUGGGUGGAGUGCUGGUCGGUGCCGAUAGUGGCGCUGAGCGUGCGCUACAACUACCACCCCGUCGCGCCGCUAGGGCCCGAGCCUCAAGCGGACAUCACCACGCCAGAGAAAGAGGAAAUCCUUCUAUCUCCCAUGAGAAUACCUCGCAUGAGGAAGCAGCCGCCCAUGCACUGGACGAUGGACGGCAACGCCUUCGAUCGUACGUCGCUGCCGCCCGACAAGGUCAGCGUGGAGCUCGAGGUGGGGCCCUCCAUCCUGCUCGCCUACGGCACCAUCAUCACCAGCUUCAUGAACUUGCUGGAGAACAUCUUCGGAGAGGACCAGACGUUCACGGACAUGCAGAAGACGCCCAACUUGGAGACGUUUUUCUGGUCCAGCGAGAGCACUCCCAAGCCGGAUCGGAGUAGCAUCAAUCAGCACGGAGACAUAUCCCUCGAUAAUACCAGUGACUCGAGUAAAGAUGCCUUCGACCCGCGGCGAUAUCGACCUUUGGACGUGACCGUGUCGAUAAUAAUCCACGACAUCCAGGCACAUUUAGUAAAGAAUUGCAGCGAAAAUGAACCUCCCUGCCCGGUUAUACUGAUUGAGAGGUUCGGCUUCGAAAUGGACAAAAGCUUCAAGGAGACUAAAAUGCAACUCCUUCUAAGCCCCUCCAUAUUGGUCUCGGCGAAUAACCUAUCGCGAACCAACCCGAAUAAUUCCGGAGCUCUAUAUCAGGGCCAUCUGAUGCUCUCGUCUUUCCAGUUACGGGGGCACGGGUUCUUCAGCGACACCAACCGAUCUGUCGAAGAAGAUACCGUAGAGUAUGCGUGGAUGAUGGAGCUUCAGCUCGGUCAGCUGACCGGUCGCUUGACGCUUCCGCAGCUCUAUCAGAUCGUGUCAUCCCUCGAGACCUUUCUACUCCUCAUCACAGACAGUGAAAAUGAACUAAUUCCGCCUAAUUCAACAAAACAGUGCCACCACGGCAUGAACAGCAACAUUUGUCCGGAGACGGAUGUGGCGCUGAAAUACCGGUGCCCGACCACUAACGAGAUCAAAUACAAGAUGAUCCGAGUCGCGAUAGACUUGAUAGACAUUUACAUCGCGGACACGAACACGACGCUUCAAACCUGGAUUUCUCCAGUAAGACUAAGUUUGUGCAACCUGCACGGCUCCGGGUUCGGGAACGGGCUGACGGGUCUGCUGCCGAACAUAAAGCUGGCUCUGUUCACGCAGACCAACAUGCAGAGCCACUCGCACCACGCCUCCAACGGCAGCAACAGCAGCCAGAACAAACUGCCUGAAAGCGAGAACUGGGUCGGUGUGGGAUCUGUAUCUCUGGGCCCAGUUUUACUCGAAGCGGCUUCAUCGUUACCACAGAGUCCGAGGAAUCUGCACUUAGUGCAGCAGAAAUUCUUGAAGCUCCAUGACGAGAAAACUAAACGGCUGUGGUUCAUGUGGCCAAAUGAAGGCAAGACCGCCCUGUGUGGCUGCAUAGGCGGCUGUGCAUUCUUCGGUUCCAAUAGGAACGGAGCGAACUUCUUGAAGCCGAAUCCUUCCGAUCUCCAGGACGGCAUCAACGUAGCGAUGUUUAAUAUAAUAGAGACGACGCCUGGCGAGUACGGCUACGGACAGAGUUUGCUGCACCCCGGCCAGCUCGUGUUCCACACCCCGCCCUACGACGGCCUCAACGUGUGCCUGCAGCCGUCCAACACCUCGACUCUAAUCCCGUCGCCGCUGCCGCAGAACCUAAACAAAUCCCCACAGAGUACCGAACGCAGAAGUUUAACUCGACGGUUCUCAUACACCAGUAUGGGCAAAGGCAGCAGCAACGUACUGGUUUCGAGCACCAAAAGUGAUGUGCCCUACGCCCGCCUGGUCGACUCCACAGUCCCUCUAGGCAGCUCAAAGAUCGAUAGCGAUUCCAAACUCCACAAGAGCAUACUGAGUGUUCCUCAGUUGGAAAGCAGCGUCUCCGAUUCAAAAUUAGCUCUAAGCUGCACUGUAAAAGACAAUACCAACCUGAAUAAGAAAGUGCCCGCGCAUACGGACGUCGAAUCAUUUGUGGUCCCGAAAGUGCCUUCGCGAAGCGUCGCCGUGUCCGAGUCCCAUUACUCGUUGAACUCGCACCCGGCGCCGCACGAGGAAGCCAUCCCUCUAGAAGUCCAGAGAACCAUGUCGAUUACAAGUGAGAACCACUCGGAAGCCUUCUUCUCCGCGGACGAGGACAUGUUCCCGAGCCGAUCCUCGAGCCUUAAGCAUUCCUUCGGCAGCCGACACAGCAACCCUAAAGACAAAAGCUCAUUUGGGAUCAACGACAUCACGAAUGAGAAGUGGACGAACUCCAUGCCGAGGUCGGAAGCCGUGGACGGUCCGGACACCAUGAGCAACUUGAGCACGGGCGCUCAGCCGGAUUCCGAGAGCGGUUCUGUGUCGUCUACGUCCUUCAUUUCCGCCAUUUCGUCACAGGAAGACAUGACGCUGGUGAAUCUGCACAUGCAAACCAACAAACCUAUCGUGGACUCUCCGCUCCUGAUGGCAAGCUACAUGCAAAACCUUCCACAGUACAAAUGCACCAACUGGGGCACCUGUUCCCUCCCGAGCGGAACCGAUGUCUUCACAUUACCGUUGUUCAAACGGGCGGACGAUGGCUCAUUGAUAUAUGUAGGCCAGAAAUAUUUGCCCAAGUUCGAGCCGUUUGGGAAGAAUCAUAUCAUGAAGCUAGUCUCCAAGAAGGAGGGUCACACGAGCCAAACUCAGCACGGACCCUUUUCAAACUUAACUCCACACUUCAAUAAUCAAAUCAAGGCUCAUCCAUACCCACAUGGUUGGUGGGACUUACAGCAAAACAUGGAUAACCAAGAGAACAAGGAACAGAGUACCUCUUCGACGGCAACCACUACCAGUGACAGCAAAACUGGUCUGUCCGUUAAACUGCGAGGAGAAAUCGACAUCAUGCUCACUCCUCUAGUCCUCGAGAGCACACAGAGAUUCGUGGAGUCCCUCACUCCCGUUCUAGCGAACAUACAUCCCAUAACCGUGAUCAACCAUCUGCGACUGCUCUGUAUCUCAUCGGUGCAGAGCGCAAACAUCUUGAAACAGAAGCAGUACGCUUCCAACUGGCUUCCAUACAUGCAAUCUCGUAACCAGUCUAACAUAGCCAUGGAUAAGGACGACAAAUGUAAAUUAGCUACUAUACCCCGCUCAAAUGUGUACGAAGAGACAAUUUGUGACCAGCUCCAAGCCACAGUCACAGUUCCGAAAGUAAACGUAAUCUUCAUUCAGUCUUCAGUGGUCGAAGACAUGAUAUCGUUCUCGGCGUUAGAUAACAUCCAGGACUUGACGUGCGUGUCUCUCUUCGGCGUGUCCGUAGAGAAUAUCACUGCGAAAUACGUCAGCUCGAAGAAGACGCUAGAAUCUGUGCAGUUAUACUACAGACCGACGCUUCGAGCCCUCGGCAGCAAGAAGUCAUUCGGUAUAAUGAAGGGCCUGGGUGGCAGGGCGCUGAUCGCGCAGGGCAGCGGCAGGAAGAGGGGUCCGGAGAGAGGAGACCCCGUAUACAUUGAGACUUCGCAGCAACAGUGCGAGGACACUACCAUCACGCUCAAUGUUGGCAAAGUGCACGGACAACUGAGACGCAUCCGCAACGACCCAUCACAACUGAAGGACGCCACCAUCACCGGCAUCCCGUGCCAGCACUCCAAGGUCGCCUUCAAGUUCAUCAAGGUGGACCCCGGGGCCAAAGCGUGCGAGGCUACGUGCUGCCAGAACGGCGCAACCGCAACAGACGCGCAGAAGGAAAAUGUCAUCGGCUACAUCAUGUUCGAGUGCGGCCUCGAGGGCAUCACCAUCAAGGUAUCCCAACACGCCCAAACCCACAAACCAGAUGAGAAACUCAAACCCGAGCCAGAGAGUUGCCGGGAAUCCGUCAAGUCCGCAGAGGAACUCAAGCCAGACAAGGAGAGGACUAAAGCUAGGUCGUCCGGCAUCGAGGACCUGUUCAGGAAGCGGGAGUCCAACUCCAAACCCAGCACUCCCAACUUGAGCAGCUCGCAGACCGCGCCCCCGCCGGUCCCAGAACCAUCGACGCCCGCCCCCGCCCCCGCCCCCGCCCCCGGCCCCCCGGAGCCCCCCGCCGACGGCCAGGCGGCGGUGGUGCCGCUCAAGGACAACGGCAACUCCUGCUCCUGCGCCGUCGACCUCAAGCUGGUGUGGUUCAACUUCGCCGCGCCUCCCCGGACACCCAUCACCAAGAAGAUCGACUACACCAGACUGGACUGGAACCUCCUCAGCACGGCGUCGCCGGCCAUCAACGCGUGGAUGAACCCGUGCAACCGGCUCGGCAUCCGCGUGGUGGCGCUGUACCGUGCGCACGCGCGCCGCCUCACCGCCACCGCCGCCAGCCUCAUGGCCGCGGCGCUCGACCUCGCCCCGCACCACUCCCUGCCCAAGAGCCGCUACGGGCGCCACACGCCGAUGGGCAAGCAGCUGCGCGAGGAGCCGUCGCUGCAGCUGUGCUGCGCGCUGCUGCGGUGCGCGCUGCAGGCCGACGCCGCCGCCGUGCAGGCCGACCUCGCCGAGAGACAUCUGCCCACACUUUCUACCUUACGACAGGGCGUGAUAGUCCUCAGCCGUCAGUGGAAGAACAUUCUAUAUACGCCAUUACUACUGGAACACAACUACAAGAGCAAAGUUAUGAAGCCGCUCAACGUGACCUUCGCUCUGCCGGAGCUAAUGGAGGACUCGGUAGAAGGCUGGCAUGAGUACCAGGUGGAUAACGAGGUCCUGGACGAGAACUGUCUGCUGUUGAACCUCGACACCGACAAGAUUGAAGUGCCCGCGCGCGCGGCGGGCGGGCGCGGCAGUCUCGCGUUCCCUUCGCUACCAUUUUCGACGCGCAAGCCAACAUUCCAUGAUGACGCCAUCGCUAAUUACGGCACGCUGAAGGAAGACUUCCCGGCGGUGGGUUCGAAUCCGUCGCUGUACUCGCCGCACGGCUCCGACGACAACCUCAAGAACGACCGCGCCAGGGAGGACCUCUACCAGUGGAUGGCCAAGCAGGAACCCAUCAAAGUUGAAUCCAAGACGAAGAAGCCCAUGAUCCCAGCCUCAAAGAUGAACCCUCGCGCCAUGGCGGCCUCUCUCCCGGCCUGCAGCCUCUACCCCCUCCAGGGCUCGCUGAUGCUGCUGGACGCGCACCUGGUGUUCCAGCCGCUGCUGGGCGCGCUGGGCGUGUGUCCGCAGCAGGUGGCACAAGCCGCUGCUGGGCGCGCUGGGCGUGUGUCCGCAGCAGGUGGCACAAGGUACAUGGCGGCCUCUCUCCCGGCCUGCAGCCUCUACCCCCUCCAGGGCUCGCUGAUGCUGCUGGACGCGCACCUGGUGUUCCAGCCGCUGCUGGGCGCGCUGGGCGUGUGUCCGCAGCAGGUGGCACAAGCCGCUGCUGGGCGCGCUGGGCGUGUGUCCGCAGCAGGUGGCACAAGGUACAUGGCGGCCUCUCUCCCGGCCUGCAGCCUCUACCCCCUCCAGGGCUCGCUGAUGCUGCUGGACGCGCACCUGGUGUUCCAGCCGCUGCUGGGCGCGCUGGGCGUGUGUCCGCAGCAGGUGGCACAAGCCGCUGCUGGGCGCGCUGGGCGUGUGUCCGCAGCAGGUGGCACAAGGUACAUGGCGGCCUCUCUCCCGGCCUGCAGCCUCUACCCCCUCCAGGGCUCGCUGAUGCUGCUGGACGCGCACCUGGUGUUCCAGCCGCUGCUGGGCGCGCUGGGCGUGUGUCCGCAGCAGGGCUCGCUGAUGCUGCUGGACGCGCACCUGGUGUUCCAGCCGCUGCUGGGCGCGCUGGGCGUGUGUCCGCAGCAGGUGGCACAAGCCGCUGCUGGGCGCGCUGGGCGUGUGUCCGCAGCAGGUGGCACAAGGUACAUGGCGGCCUCUCUCCCGGCCUGCAGCCUCUACCCCCUCCAGGGCUCGCUGAUGCUGCUGGACGCGCACCUGGUGUUCCAGCCGCUGCUGGGCGCGCUGGGCGUGUGUCCGCAGCAGGUGGCACAAGGCGAAUCAAAGAACAAGUCCGGCGCAGAAGGCUCGAGUGCCUCCCCGGCGCUGGAGUCCCUCGGCUCCAAGCUGUCGCUGGGCGGCAUCAUCGACGUGUUCCGCAUCGACAUCGUCGUCAGCGAGCUGAAGCCACGCCGGCACCCGCCCAAGGGGAAAGGUCAGCCUUCGCACAUCGACAUCCCGUCUGAAACGCCAGCUUUCCUUUGCGAGAAAGUCUCCAUCGACGUGGACCUGAAGAAGGUCGCCGACAUGGCGGUGGACGACCUCAUACAGCGUCAGAACGUGCUCUAUAUAUCGAGGGGACAACUCAAGAAACAUAUCAGCACUAUGCUCAACUUCAACAUCAGCGUUCGAUUUAUAUCACAGCAGGUGAACAUGCCGCUGCUCCGCCUGCUGCACCAGAUCAGCAACAUGUACCAGAACGUGAAGGACACGCAGACCGAGCUGCGCACGCAGACCAAGAUCUCGCACCGGCAGAGCAAGCACGCCGCCGACUCUGACACGUCAGUUUCAGACUUCCGCGAGAACCUCGUGAGCGUGUCGUCCCUGGACAAGGAGAGCCAGUACGCCGCGCUCGACCCCGCGUGGGCGCCGCGCCCCCCCGACCCCCACCCCCACCCCGCCGACCCCGCCCCCGCCCUCGCCCGGCACAAGCUGGCGGGAGGGAAGUCUAGACCGCAGAGCUUCGCGCAGAAGCUGAGAUCCACGGGGAAGAGCGUUAAGGGGAAAUUGGGCUACAGCUCGCUGAACGAGGGCGCGCACACGCCGCACGCCGCGCGCGAGCCGGACGUGGAGGUGCGGCCGCGGCGUCCGCCCCCACCCCUCCCCCCCCUGCCCGCGCUGCCGCCCCUCCCCUCCCUUCCGCCCCUCCCGCCGCUACCCGACGACGGCUCGCUGGCGCCGCGCUGCUGGCGCACCGUGUACUCGCUGCUCAGUCUGUACGCGGACAUGCCGGACGCGCACACCAUUACACACAGGUUUUCUGUGACUACGGAGCUGCCGGAACAGUACCGAACGAGCCGUCCCGCUCGCCCCGGUUCCCGCGAACAGAACACCAGCAACUCGUCCUCCAGCGGGGCGGGGAUGGGCAUCGUCGUCAUGGGAGUUGCUAGGAUCCAUCGAACCCGACUCCUGGCCUCCCUGUCCGGCUUGAAGCUGGAAGCGGAGAUCACGUCCCUGCACGCCUCGCUGCAGGCGUCCCGCUCACGCCAGUGGUCGCUCACGGGCGUGGUGGGCCGCAGCAUGAUCGUGCUGCUGGAGGGCGGGGCUCCCAACCACCAGACGGUGGUGCGAGUGUCGGUGGGCAAGUCGCAGGCGCUGUACUCUUGGGAGGCGGGUGGGAGGGGCGGUGGGGCGGGGGCGGGGGCGGCCGCGCUGGCCACGGUGGGCGGCGUGCGCGUCGACCUGCCGCAGCACCCCGUGGCGCUGCACGGCGUCAUGACGCGCUCCAGCCGACAGCUGUCCUCCACUUUACAGGAGCUGGGCGUGACGCGCACGGCGUCGCGCAUGUCGCGCGGCGCGGAGGAGGAGGAGGGGGCGGGGACGCGCAGCCCGGGCCCCCAGCCCGCCGCCGCGCCGCGUCCCCGCCCCGCGCCGCUGCUGCCCGCGCCGCAAGUGCAGUUCAAAGUCGGCCUGCAGAGUUUGAGCAUCACGGCGGCUCUGUUGCCGUCGCUCCAGGCCCAGUACAAAAUGGAGCACGUCCAAAGUUCGGGCGUAUCCGGAAGAAAGGCACAUUUUACAGUGAACUUACCGCAACACUCGCUCAGCUUCGUCACUAAAUUACAGGUAUCGGAGGCGAACAUCCCGUCGUCAGCCAUCGUGGCGCUCCCCGCCGCUCAUGUGGCCGCCCGCGUUCUAGAAGAUGCUCCCAAUGGACAGGAGGCGCCCUUGGCCCCGGACGCCCCGGACGGCCCGGACGCCCCGGACGCCCCGGGCGUGGUGCUGCGCGCCGGCCGCUACCUGUACGCCACGGCCGACAUCGGCCUCUUCGAGCACACGCUGUCCACCGACCUGCUCAACCACCUGGUGUUCGUGCAGAAGGUGUUCAUGAAGGAAGUAAACGAAGUGGUUCAGAAAGUGUACGGCGGUGAAAAGCCAGUACCGCUCUGGAAUGAGGAGGAAGCUUCCACUUCAGCUCUUAACAGGAUACUCUUCUCCUUGCUUAUUAGAAUCAAGCGUAUCCAGCUGACAGCGACGACCCCGAGCAACUCGGCGGUGCGACUCGAGACGGGGGCGGUGGAGUUCGAGCUGUCCAACCGCGUCCAGAACGUGCAGCCGGCCGAACCGCACUCGCUGAGGCUGUUCGCCCGCGCUCAGGUGGAUCUGAACUUGAGUUUAGGGCAGCUGAUCCGCAACGCCAUGUUCGAGGAGGCCGAGCCGGAGUUCCAGCAAUACGCCUUCUUCAACACCAGAAUAGCCAUGCGCAACGCAUUUCAAGAGGAGAUGGUGAGCGGCGUGGACAAGGAGGUGGUGUUGAUCACGCUGAAGCGACCGCUCAUAUACAUACAGCCCGUGGCCGUGGACCGAGCCAUCCUCGUGUGGCUCAACUACAAGAAUGCUUACGAGUACUGGAACGAGAAACGACUCAACCUCAACAAGGAGGUGCUUACUGCGACUCAACAGGUGUUCGAGAAGCCCGUGGCCGUGGACCGAGCCAUCCUCGUGUGGCUCAACUACAAGAAUGCUUACGAGUACUGGAACGAGAAACGACUCAACCUCAACAAGGAGGUGCUUACUGCGACUCAACAGGUGUUCGAGAAGCCCGUGGCCGUGGACCGAGCCAUCCUCGUGUGGCUCAACUACAAGAAUGCUUACGAGUACUGGAACGAGAAACGACUCAACCUCAACAAGGAGGUGCUGACUGCAACUCAACAGGUGUUCGAGAAGCCCGUGGCCGUGGACCGAGCCAUCCUCGUGUGGCUCAACUACAAGAAUGCUUACGAGUACUGGAACGAGAAACGACUCAACCUCAACAAGGAGGUGCUGACUGCAACUCAACAGGUGUUCGAGAAGCCCGUGGCCGUGGACCGAGCCAUCCUCGUGUGGCUCAACUACAAGAAUGCUUACGAGUACUGGAACGAGAAACGACUCAACCUCAACAAGGAGGUGCUGACUGCAACUCAACAGGUGUUCGAGAAGUGUUACAUACAGCCCGUGGCCGUGGACCGAGCCAUCCUCGUGUGGCUCAACUACAAGAAUGCUUACGAGUACUGGAACGAGAAACGACUCAACCUCAACAAGGAGGUGCUUACUGCGACUCAACAGGUGUUCGAGAAGGUCCAACUGACAUCCCAAAUAACGGCGCCGCACGUCAGCACCCUGUUCCUGCAGCUCAACGUCGACGACAUCGGGAUAUGCAUACCGCUCAACCAACCACCUGUGGCAACGUGGGGCCGCGGCGUGUACGAGAGCGAGUCCCGCGGCGCGGUGGUGGUCACGCUCGAGAGCACAAGCAUCUCUGCGUGCUCCUCGGGCUCGCUCGUCAGCAAGGGCCGCUUUGUAGGGCUUUGCCUGCGUUUCGCGGACGACUUCGAGACGUCCCUCGACGACUGGAAGCCGGACCCCGACCAGAGCGCCAUCAACGUGUGCUGCGUGUCCGAGGGCACGUACGAGGUGUGCAGCCGCACCACCGCCUCCAAACACAAUGAGAACGCGAAGUGGUUCCUGAACGUGUCCUGGCAGAUGGAGGGCGUGGACAUCCACCUCGACGUGAACGUGGGCAAACAGCUCUCCGCGCUCGGUCACACGCUCACGAUGCUUACAGGUUUUGAAGAAGAAGAUCCUCUGAAAAUGGACUAUGAGAGCGAUUUGGAUGACGAGGCCGAUAAUAGUAAAGAUUCACAGGAGAGCAUAAUCCUCCGGCGUAAGUACACGGACCACCUGCCGGCCUUCGUGUUCGACCACACCAUCGACGCCAAGAAGCGCUCCAAGCUCAUCGAGAAGGAGAUGAACGAGCAGGCCAAGAUCAUCAACGAUCUGAGGACGCUGGGCGCCAGCCACUCCACCAUCGAGUACGAGAUGAAGAGGCUGCACGACCUCGAGGCGCUGCUCUUCAAGGACUUCAGACGAGACAUGAUCCAGAAGCUGCGCCGGCAGAGCGUGCGCGCGAGCAGCAUCACCAAGGGCAAGCUCGGGCUCGGCUCCAACCGCUCGCGCUCCUUCGUGGCCUCGGAGCCGCCCAUUGACUUCCUGGAGAUGGAUGAACCGAAUCUGAUGACGGGAAACGUCGGUGACUCCGGGGAGACUCUCCUGCUGGGCGACGAAGACAACCGGCUGGCUGACAUCAUAGAGGGGGGCUCCUGGAGCUCCAUGGAGAGCGAACCUCUCACGGGCCCAUCGCGCUCAGCGUCGCUCCGAGGUCACACGAGCGGUGGGGCGCGCUCCGUGUCGUUCCAGCCUCCCCCGGUGCAGCGCCAGAGCUCGCUGCCCGCACAGCCCGACCACUGGCCAGACAGCCAGCAAACAGACCCUGUACAGCUGAGACGGCGAGAGGGAGCGCCGAUGUCAGACGCCGCGGGUGCGGAAGGGAAAAGCAGCAAGGCGAAGACGGCGGAGCCCAACAUCGACUUCGAGCUGGACGUGAAGGUGCACAUCAACAGCGGGAAGUGCGUGCUGCACACCAAGGAGCCCUCUAAGGAUGACGAUCUUAAGAUCAGCGGGUCCCGCAUGCGCGUGGGGCGCUCGGCGUCGGGCGGGCUCGGCGAGGCCCCGGGCUCGCCGGGGGCGGGCCGCCGGGGCAAGCCGCCCCCGCCCCGCCACCCGCCCGCCCCCGACCUCACCGUGUUCCGCGUGCCCGGCCUCGACCUCAAGGUCCACUACGAGUCCAAGACCAUCCCCGAGGACUCGGCGUCCCCCCUGUCCCCUCCCGCGCCGCCCCCCGCCCCGCCCCCCGCGGGCCCCUCCGCCCCGCCCGCCCCGCCCGCGCUGCGCAAGGGCACCAAGAAGGCGGCGCUGUUCGCCUGGAUCACGGUGCAGAGCAUCCCGGAAGAAACCGUCAUCAGCCCGCACAUCCUGGAGUUCCUGGAGCAGACACUGGAGCCGAUACCGACGAAGGCGUCCUUCACUGCGCCGACUCCAGAAACGGAGACGGGCGACCGCUCUCAGUCAGCAGAGGGUGCAUCAUACGGCCAAUAUGUCUACGCGUCCUUCCCCGUCGACGUGAUCGUGCAGUUCCACAUGCAGCCCUCCACCUUCCGCUUCUCCUGUCUCCCGGCCUCCAGGGUCGAGUGCCUGCUGCAGCUGCCCUCGCUGAGGAUCGUGUUCAGCUCCAAGCGGGCCGUGGAUGAGGCCGGUCUACCAGCAGUAGCGAUGGGAGGCCUUAGCGUAACAGGCUGUUUGGCUGACUUCUCCGUUUACAUCUUCCACCCCUACGGUGGCAAAAAACCUAGUUUGAAGGAACCCCAGUGGUCGCCGUUAUCAGACACUGAGCGGAAAGACUCGCUGAGCAUUAACGUGGAGUUUGUCAAGUUCCAUUUGUCGCGGUCGAGGAAACUGGACUUCCAAACGGAGCAGGAUCAGUCCAAGGCUACUGUGAGGUUUUCAACUAUCGUGGACGUAGGCUCCGCGUGGUUCAAGUACGACAUGCGCCGGCUCGGGGAGAUCCUCGCCUUCCCCAAGGCGUGGUACAGGCGGACCAUAGUGCGCAGGAUGUUCCUGGGGGACCUCAACGUGGAGGCCAGGCCGGCAAGCAACAACGUUCCGAUAUCCCCUGUUCUACCACAAAGAGAGAAGAAGACUUUAGACAUACAGAAACCCAAAGACACCGGCGCGACGACGGCGGGCAACGCCGCGUGGGAGACGCUAGUGCUGUUCGCGGUCAACUUUAAUAAGCUCAACGUGCACAUGAAUAUGGGCAAUGUCAUGGGGAAUGUCAGCUGGCAGAGCCGCGACUUCAACUGCACGGGGCGGCUCAGCAUCGGCAGCACCGGCCACCGCAACAUGCUGGUGGGCGUGGCUCUAGCUGGCUCCUCGCUGGACGCACGCGGCGGCAUCGUGGGCGGCGCCAUCUCGCUGGCCGACAUACACACAUACGUGCACAUAGAAGAGGAGCCCGGUUGCAGCCCCGGGCACACGUGCGGGGUCCGCCUGGCCGCUUUAGAACUGCGGCUCGAAUACAUGGGCACGUCCGUGCUGCUGGCCCGGGUGUCCGCGCUGCAGUGCCAGCUGCGCGACGAGUGGCUGUGGCGCAGCAAGCAGCCGCCGCGGCACGCGCCGCACACGCACAGGUACCUUACAGCAGCACAUGCUGCCGCAUUGCUGCUGGCCCGAGUGUCCGCGCUGCAGUGCCAGCUGCGCGACGAGUGGCUGUGGCGCAGCAAGCAGCCGCCGCGGCACGCGCCGCACACGCACAGGUACCUUACAGCAGCACAUGCUGCCGCAUUGCUGCUGGCCCGAGUGUCCGCGCUGCAGUGCCAGCUGCGCGACGAGUGGCUGUGGCGCAGCAAGCAGCCGCCGCGGCACGCGCCGCACACGCACAGGUACCUUACAGCAGCACAUGCUGCCGCAUUGCUGCUGGCCCGAGUGUCCGCGCUGCAGUGCCAGCUGCGCGACGAGUGGCUGUGGCGCAGCAAGCAGCCGCCGCGGCACGCGCCGCACACGCACAGGUACCUUACAGCAGCACAUGCUGCCGCAUUGCUGCUGGCCCGAGUGUCCGCGCUGCAGUGCCAGCUGCGCGACGAGUGGCUGUGGCGCAGCAAGCAGCCGCCGCGGCACGCGCCGCACACGCACAGGCCGGCGAUCAUCCUGACGCACGGCACGCUCUCGUGGCAGCAGCUGCAGCUCCUCAUGAGCCGCAGCACCACCCCCGACUUGCUGAAGAUGCAGUACAAGCUGGAGGAGUUCUUCACGCAACAGUUCAACUCCUCGCGCCGCGUGCUGUCGGCGUUGCAUCCGUACCCGGCUAGGAGGCAGCAGUCCACGGCACCCGGCGCGACGCCCGGGGCUCCGGCGGCGGACAAGCCGGCGGACGGGCAGGCGCCCCCGGAGCUGCGCCACCACCGACACUGGCAGGAGGUGCUGCGUGCCGCCGCCGGCAUGCGGCCACAGCUGCCUACCGACGGCACGGUCCUUGGCGGCACGAUGGAACUGCACGGCGCCAACAUCUCGCUGGCGUGCUUUCACGGGAACAGCUUCAAGGCCAAGUCCUGGGCGCUCUUCAGCCUCAAGGACCCCUGCAUCAGCUUCGCUACGGAAGCCCAGCAGCUUCCCAAUGAUGACGGUGAACUGGAAGUGAACGUAACGCAGUCCCUGACGGCGUCGCUCGGCGGCAGCAACGGCGCCGCCAACGGCCACCAAUCUGUGGGCACCGUCUGCCGCAUGACACGCGCCUUGCUCUUCCCACCGCAGUUCAAGACUCUGCGCGAGUGGUUCACCUACGCCUUCGCCAGCAGCGAGAUAGACGCCAUCGAGUUAUUCCCGUCGCUGGAGCUCGCUCGGGAGCGGGAGUUGGGCGCGGGCAACACCAACAGCGCGGAGCGGGAGCGAGAGCGCAAGUCCGCCGCGCCUGCGCAGCACCAGCGGGAGGUCAUCUUCGCGCUGCCCGCGCUGCAGCUGCACCUCCGGACCAAGCACCGGCAGAGCCCCGCGCCGCCCACCGAGCAGGGUCGCGCGGAGCGGGAGCGGGAGCGCAAGUCCGCCGCGCCUGCGCAGCACCAGCGGGAGGUCAUCUUCGCGCUGCCCGCGCUGCAGCUGCACCUCCGGACCAAGCACCGGCAGAGCCCCGCGCCGCCCACCGAGCAGGGUCGCGCGGAGCGGGAGCGGGAGCGCAAGUCCGCCGCGCCUGCGCAGCACCAGCGGGAGGUCAUCUUCGCGCUGCCCGCGCUGCAGCUGCACCUCCGGACCAAGCACCGGCAGAGCCCCGCGCCGCCCACCGAGCAGGGUCGCGCGGAGCGGGAGCGGGAGCGCAAGUCCGCCGCGCCUGCGCAGCACCAGCGGGAGGUCAUCUUCGCGCUGCCCGCGCUGCAGCUGCACCUCCGGACCAAGCACCGGCAGAGCCCCGCGCCGCCCACCGAGCAGGGUCGCGCGGAGCGGGAGCGGGAGCGCAAGUCCGCCGCGCCUGCGCAGCACCAGCGGGAGGUCAUCUUCGCGCUGCCCGCGCUGCAGCUGCACCUCCGGACCAAGCACCGGCAGAGCCCCGCGCCGCCCACCGAGCAGGGUCGCGCGGAGCGGGAGCGGGAGCGCAAGUCCGCCGCGCCUGCGCAGCACCAGCGGGAGGUCAUCUUCGCGCUGCCCGCGCUGCAGCUGCACCUCCGGACCAAGCACCGGCAGAGCCCCGCGCCGCCCACCGAGCAGGGUCGCGCGGAGCGGGAGCGGGAGCGCAAGUCCGCCGCGCCUGCGCAGCACCAGCGGGAGGUCAUCUUCGCGCUGCCCGCGCUGCAGCUGCACCUCCGGACCAAGCACCGGCAGAGCCCCGCGCCGCCCACCGAGCAGGGUCGCGCGGAGCGGGAGCGGGAGCGCAAGUCCGCCGCGCCUGCGCAGCACCAGCGGGAGGUCAUCUUCGCGCUGCCCGCGCUGCAGCUGCACCUCCGGACCAAGCACCGGCAGAGCCCCGCGCCGCCCACCGAGCAGGGUCGCGCGGAGCGGGAGCGGGAGCGCAAGUCCGCCGCGCCUGCGCAGCACCAGCGGGAGGUCAUCUUCGCGCUGCCCGCGCUGCAGCUGCACCUCCGGACCAAGCACCGGCAGAGCCCCGCGCCGCCCACCGAGCAGGGUCGCGCGGAGCGGGAGCGGGAGCGCAAGUCCGCCGCGCCUGCGCAGCACCAGCGGGAGGUCAUCUUCGCGCUGCCCGCGCUGCAGCUGCACCUCCGGACCAAGCACCGGCAGAGCCCCGCGCCGCCCACCGAGCAGGGUCGCGCGGAGCGGGAGCGGGAGCGCAAGUCCGCCGCGCCUGCGCAGCACCAGCGGGAGGUCAUCUUCGCGCUGCCCGCGCUGCAGCUGCACCUCCGGACCAAGCACCGGCAGAGCCCCGCGCCGCCCACCGAGCAGGGUCGCGCGGAGCGGGAGCGGGAGCGCAAGUCCGCCGCGCCUGCGCAGCACCAGCGGGAGGUCAUCUUCGCGCUGCCCGCGCUGCAGCUGCACCUCCGGACCAAGCACCGGCAGAGCCCCGCGCCGCCCACCGAGCAGGGUCGCGCGGAGCGGGAGCGGGAGCGCAAGUCCGCCGCGCCUGCGCAGCACCAGCGGGAGGUCAUCUUCGCGCUGCCCGCGCUGCAGCUGCACCUCCGGACCAAGCACCGGCAGAGCCCCGCGCCGCCCACCGAGCAGGCGGGAGCGAGAGCGCAAGUCCGCCGCGCCUGCGCAGCACCAGCGGGAGGUCAUCUUCGCGCUGCCCGCGCUGCAGCUGCACCUCCGGACCAAGCACCGGCAGAGCCCCGCGCCGCCCACCGAGCAGGGUCGGUAUACUGUCCCUCUCUAGCGACACCAACAGCGCGGAGCGGGAGCGGGAGCGCAAGUCCGCCGCGCCUGCGCAGCACCAGCGGGAGGUCAUCUUCGCGCUGCCCGCGCUGCAGCUGCACCUCCGGACCAAGCACCGGCAGAGCCCCGCGCCGCCCACCGAGCAGGGUCGGUAUACUGUCCCUCUCUAGCGACACCAACAGCGCGGAGCGGGAGCGGGAGCGCAAGUCCGCCGCGCCUGCGCAGCACCAGCGGGAGGUCAUCUUCGCGCUGCCCGCGCUGCAGCUGCACCUCCGGACCAAGCACCGGCAGAGCCCCGCGCCGCCCACCGAGCAGGAUGAGAAGCCCGUAGUGGAGUGUAGCUUCAUCACGGAGUUCGAGGAUCACAUCUUCGUGUCGGUGGAUGCUGAGGCGUUCCUGUUCCUGCACGAUCUCAUAUCUUCUUACAUCAAGGAGAAGGACCGCGUCACGCCGGGCACGGGCACGCGCGCGGCGUGGGGGGGGGAGCUGCCCGCGGGCCCGCGCGCGCCCGCGCAGGACUACCGCGACUACCACUGCCUCACCUGGCACCUCGAGCCCACCGUGCGAUUGUUGUCUUGGGGCGGCAAGUCCAUCGAGCCGUACGGCGUGGACUACAUCCUGCAGAAGCUCGGGUUCUCUCACGCGCGCACCACCAUCCCCAAGUGGCUGCAGCGCGGCGCGCUCGACCCGCUCGACAAGCUGCUCGCGUUAGCGCUGCUGCGGCUCGUGGCGCUGCUGCCGCACAAGCCACAUGCAGUAAAAACAGGACAAGUGCGAGUCUGA